UCCCUUCAGAUAUCUCACUCAACAUUUGAAGAUCCUCCUCAUACCAAAUUCACAACACUUCAAAUGCAAGAUAAAGCUUCCAAAAUGGAGAACAAAAGGAAGACUUUACUGUUGCUGCUGCUGCUCAUGGCAACACCAUUCUUCUACAUGCCAAAUGUGACGGAAGCUGCUUCUGAUGUCAACUUUGAAGGCCAUCUCACCCAUUCUGAGCUCGUGAAAGGACCCAUCAGAAAGUUUUUGUCAUUUGUGGAUUGUGGAGAGAGGUGCAGAGUGAGAUGCAGUUUGCAUUCGAGGCCAAAGAUCUGCGGAAGAGCUUGCGGGACAUGCUGUUCAAGGUGCAACUGUGUUCCUCCAGGCACUUAUGGGAACAGAGAGGUGUGUGGGAAGUGUUACACAGACAUGAUCACUCAUGGAAACAAACCUAAGUGUCCCUAGAACACACUUCCAUCCAUUUCCAUUUCCUUUCUCUACUUUUCACUGCAUAAUGCAUUCUGUAUUUCAUACUUACUUUUCCUAUCUGCCUGCUGUUCCUUGAUUAUCUCAAUCAAUGUAUCAGUUAUGGAUAUA